AUGCAUCUGCCAUAUACGGCAGAGCCGAAAGUUAUCAAAAGUGAUUGGAAUAAUAAAAUGCUAGUUGAAGACAACUCUAACACCACUAAUAGUAGCAGCACUUCACCGCCGAAAUCUCAAAAUGCCAAUACCAACGAAUAUUGGUGGACAGAGCGAAUGGUUGUACGGGCUCAAGAAGAAUUUCCUAAUGAACUUGUUCGUACUGGAAGUCCUUAUUUCUUAUGUUCUGCUUUACCAACGCAUUGGCGUUCAAAUAAAACGCUUCCUGUAGCUUUUAAAGUUGUUGCAUUAGGUGACAUUGUUGAUGGAACUUUAGUGUCAGUUAGAGCUGGAAAUGAUGAAAAUUAUCAUGGUGAAUUGCGUAACUCAACAGCACCAAUGAAAAAUCAAGUGGCAAAAUUUAACGAUCUACGAUUUGUUGGUCGUUCAGGACGAGGCAAAAGCUUCACAUUAACUAUAACAGUAUCAACAUCACCUCCUCAAGUGACAACUUAUACAAAAGCAAUUAAAGUGACUGUCGAUGGCCCCAGAGAACCAAGAACACCGUCGCCUGGAAGUCAUCAACUUCGAACAUUUAGUCUUAAUCAACGUCUACUAGAAACACCUUAUCUACGAGAUUUGGAACCGUUUAGAAGGAAAUCUUUAUCACAAUUAAACAACAAUUUAUCGUCAAAUCAAACUUCAAAUUCGAAUGUUCCUGGAGUAGAAUGCGGCUAUAAACCGAAUGCACCACAAAUUCAAGAAAAUAAUUUGAUGGGUGCGGCCGAAUGGACUGGAUAUUCGUCACCGGCUGUUGCUUCAGCAUAUUCUCCUUUUCAACAUUCGUAUGAACAAACAAGUAUGUUGCCGUCAGUUUUACCCAACGAAAGCCUUCCUUACACUUCUGAUUAUCAUUGUGGAUCGUCAACACAAAAUCCAACAAGUUAUAAUGGUAGUCAAUUCACACCACUGACACCAUGGUCAAACGAAAUGGAGCAGUAUAAUUAUGGAUACAACAGUUAUCAAUAUCCUUGUCAACCACCCGCACAGUCUCAAUAUCCGCCAACUGCGGCACCACCAACACAAGCUACAAUGGUUCUUUAUCCUCAAGUCUACUCAACAGUCAAUCAAAAUCAAAUUCAUCUGCAUUUACAUGGAAGUGAUAAACUUGUGGAACAAUAUCUUGGUGGUUCAGGUGCGGCACUUCAAACAGAAAACAGUUCGUUUCCAGUUAACACAGUGGCAACAGUUGGUAAUCAUCGGUCAAGUGGGUUAGAAUUAACAGAAAAUGCAAUGAUCGCUCAAGAUGAUGAAAGUAUAAAACAACAUCAGGAACAUUCGGUGGUUGAUCAUGAGGCUACUGAUCAAAGUGUUUGGCGACCUUAUUAG